GAAUAAAAACCAACAUUCGAAGAUAAAGUUGCAUAUAACGCCCAAUCUCUCUCCCUCUCUAUCUCUCUUUUCCUGUUUUUUAUUUAUUUUUCCUACUGCCUCAAAAAAUGGCAAUAAAGAUUUCUGUUCUUAUUGUCGGCGGUGGUAUUGGGGGCUUGGCUACAGCUAUUGCUUUGCGUCGAGCCGGACAUCAUGUAACUGUAUUAGAAGGCGCUAGAGAGUUAAGCGAAGUGGGUGCUGGAAUUCAGAUACCUCCAAAUUCAUCGUAUAUUCUUGACACUUGGGGAUUGCUCGAAAAAAUUAAAGAAAAGGCGGUUUGGCCAGAGUAUAUGAAUAUUAGAAGAUAUGCUAAUGGAGAAGUUAUUUCAGCAACAAGGCUAAAUCCAGACCUGGAAGACAAAUAUGGUUACCCCUACUUUCUUAUUCAUCGUGCUGAUUACAUACAGCUGUUAUGCAAUGCAGCAACAGAAAUUGGUGCUGAAGUUCUGGUGAAUGCCAAGGUAAAAUAUAUUGAUGAUGCCGAAACAAGCGUUAGAUUGCACAAUGGUACUGUAUUUAAGGCGGAUCUGAUAAUAGGCGCUGAUGGGAUCCGUUCAAAAGUGCGUACUGCUGUUAUUCCGGAGAAAAUAAUAGAACCUAGAAGAUCCGAUAACUGCGCUUACCGCGCAACCGUGCCCGCAGCAGCUAUACAAGCUGAUCCCGAAAUUUCCCAUCUUCUAGAAAAUCAUAAUUCUGACUUUUGGAUUGGAUAUAAAUGCCAUAUAGUUGCGUAUCCUAUAAAAGGGGGCAAGCUGUACAAUGUUGUCAUGUCCCACCCAGGUGAAGCCUCUUUAACUCAAUGGAAUGAGUCAGGAAAUCUGAACGAAAUGAAAGAGCCCUAUCUUAAAUUUGACCCGAUUAUCAACAAAGUUUUGAGUAAAAUUACGCAAAGCCAAAAAUGGACUUUGGCUGAUAUUCCCUCGCUUAAUCGCUGGGUAAGUUGUGGCGGACAUAUUGCAUUAAUAGGAGAUGCGGCACAUGCGAUGCUACCACAUCUCGCUCAGGGGGCUGCUCAGGCAAUUGAAGAUGCAGCAACCUUGGGCGUCCUGCUAUCUCAAAUUAACUCUGUGGAAAGUAUCCCUGAGUUUCUUUGUUUAUAUGAGCAUAUACGUCGACCUCGCGUAGAAAGGAUACAGAAGAAUUCACUUGAAAACGGUCAUACAUGGCAUUUGCCCGAUGGUGAAGAACAAAUAGCUCGUGAUAAAGCAAUGAGAGAAGCAGACAAACUUCGAAAGGCAAAUUCAAGUGCUAAGGUCGAAAGUCCUUUACAAUGGUCGGAUGGGGAUUUCCAACCUUGGCUUUACGGUCACGAUGCUAUCUUGGUAGCUAAAAAAGCGGUGCAAGAGAUGACUCGAAAUGGUCAAAUUGAAUUCCAGGAGAGGUCAAAAUUUUAGAGGGAUAUCUUUGCAAUUUUUUUAUC